CGAAAUUGAAACAUUGGUUACGGUACUGUAUUACGAUGUCACUGGUAGAGUAAAAGCACGAAAAAUUUCGUAAGGCAGGUUAAAUUUUAACCUUUUGUCAGUCAAGCAUAUCCGGCUACAAUGAAUAAAAUUAAUGAGUUCAAGGAGCUUAUUAGGGACUAUAUUGGGCCUAGUAAGAGUGUGGUAGAUACAAAAGUGAGCAAUGUUACAGCACCGGGAGAGAAUUACAUGAGUGAAAUUAUUCGGAUUAACGUUACUCUAAAAAAUGAUACUACGGGGAAAGAAGAAGAGUUGUCCAUGGUGGCGAAAUUGGUGAUUGAUGCUGAGAUUGUUAAUGGAGGAACCACAGCCAUAAUCACCAAGAAUGAAGUGGUGUUUUAUAAAGAAGUGAUUCCUGUUAUACAGGAAUUUCAGAGAAGACAUAAUUUGCCGGUUCUAGAUUUAUUUCCAAAGUUUAUAGCGGGUAGGCUUAAUCUCAACGGUAGCGAUGUAGCUGACACAGAUGCUGUUUUGAUUUUGGAGGAUUUAUCACCAGCAGGAUUUAAAAAUUUGGACCGCAUGAAAGGAUUUGAUUUAAAUGGAGCGAAGUUAGUCCUCAACAACAUGGCGAUGUUACAUGCUGAGCUGUUAGCGAUGAGGCUUCUUGAGCCAGAAACAUAUGAGGCUAAAAUUAGAUCCAAUGCUCAAGGUCUAAAACCAAACGACCCUGAUUUGAAGAAAAGAGCUGAAUUUUUUGAGCAGCCUGUAAACUUGUUGACUCUAGUCGAAGACAUAUUAAAAACUGAUGAAGAGUGUAGGAGUCAAUUAAGACAGUUUAAAAGCUUCAUUGUACAGUUGAAAGCAAGCCUUGCAAAAAAUACUGAUAAUUUCUUUGGGAAGAUGGUGAGAGAUGAUUUUGAGACUUUGGUGCAUUACGAUAUGUGGACCAAUAAUGUAAUGCAAACGUUUGAAGACGGAAAUCCAGUACAAACUGUGUUUGUUGAUUUUCAAAUGUAUAGAUCGGUCAGCUGUGCUACGGAUCUCAUAUUUUUCCUCAUUACUAGCGUUCAAAUAGAGUACCUUCGGAGUCACUUCGAAUAUCUUCUUAAAUAUUACUACGAAAUAUUUAGUAGCACUUUAAAGAAAUCUGGAAUAGUAGAUAGUAAAUACAGCUAUGAUCAGUUUUUGGAAAGUAUUAAAAGAGUGUCUGAAAGUGUGGUCUAUCAAGUUAUUUUUAUGGUUUUGGGUAUUAUACAUCCAAACACUGACGUAGGUGGAAACGACCAAAUGUAUUCAUUGAAAAUUGAAAAUGUCAGCCCCACUGCAAAAGAUAAAAUUAUUUUUAUGUUUCAACAGGCAUUUAAACGGGGUUGGUUAGAAUGUAAUUUAGAAGAAACAGUGGCGUCACUUAAAGUGGAUAUUAACUCCACUAAAACAAACUUGGAGCGCAAAAUAGAAGAAUUGAACGAGAAAUUUGAUCGACUAGAUCAAGGGAACCGGCGCAUGUGUCUACGAAUUUUUAAUCUAAAGGAAAAUGAGAAAGAAGACACCAGAAACGAAAUAAUUAACCUAAUAAAUUCUAAAAUGGGUUUAAAUUUAAAAUAUGAAGAUAUUAACUUAUGUUAUCGAAUUGGUAAACAAAACAAGGAUAAAGCUAGGGCUGUGUAUCUUAAAUUAAAUACAAUCGAGAAUAAGCAAACAGUCUACGCUAAGAAGAAGCUACUAAAGGGUACUGGGGUAGUUAUUAAGGAAGAUCUCACUAACUUAAAAUUGGAAUUGUGUUCUGUUGUACACAUACAAUUUGUAGCAAUGGAACGAGUUAAAAACUUUGAAGAACUAAUCAGGGAUUACAUCGGCCCUAACAAAACUAUAGUGGAAGCCAAAACCGGUGACUUAACAGCGCCUGGAGAAAACUAUUUAAGUGACAUGAUCAAAAUCGAUCUAAUUUUAAAAGACACCGUUACUAAUAAGACUGAAGAUUUAAAUGUGGUAGCAAAAUUGGUAACUGAUAACCAUGUGAUGGGGCCCACGUCUGAUCUGACCAAAGCCGAAGUAUAUUUCUACAAAGUUGUUGUUCCUGCCAUCAAGUCCUUCCAUAAAAAGUACAGUUUACCGUAUCCUUCAUUUUAUCCAGAUUAUAUAGGAGGCAGAAUUAAUUUGACAGGGGAAGUUGAUAAGGCUGAUAAAGAUGCUGUUCUUGUUUUGGAAAAUUUAGUAACAAAAGGUUACAAGAAUCUGGAUAGGCAUGUUGGAUUUGAUUUGGAGACCUCCAAAAUGAUUUUGAAAGAUUUGGCAAUGUUCCAUGGCGUACCGUUAGCAAUGAGGCUUUUAGAACCUGAAGAAUUUAGAAAUUUAACUAAAGACUUGAAACUUCCAUUUCCGGACGAACCACCGAAAGACAAAGAAGGAAAACCAGGGCCACCAGAUCAACCGAUUUUUAACAUAUUGAUAAAAAUAUUCAAUGACAAUGGGCAAGAAAACGUAGCUGCCAAGUUUAGUAAAAUGAUUGAAUACCACAAAGAAAAAAUGACAGGGCAUAAAAAGAAUGAGAGACCAGUUAGUGCUUUUUCUACAAUAAUACACCAUGAUAUGUGGCUCAAUAAUACAAUGCAAAAGAUUGUAAAUGGAGUUACAGUUAAAAAUAAGUUUUGCGAUUUCCAAAUGUGUGAAGUCAAUUCUCCUACGAUCGAUCUAAUGCUCUUCCUUUUUAGCAGUGUAGAAUUACGCUGUCUUGAAAAUAAUGUAGAUAACUUAAUCAAAUUCUAUCACGAAGAACUUGUAAAUAUAUUGAAAAAACUAAACGUAUACAGCGAAGAAUAUUGUUAUAAAAAACUUUUGGAAGAGUUUAGGAAUAAUUGUCAAGAAGGUAUGUUCCAGGCAUUAAUGAUGAUACCCACAAUUAUUUUUAGUGACAAAGGAAAGAUAUUUAAGCUUGGAUCACCGAUGGCAGUUGAAGAUGUACCUCCGAUGGCGCUUAAAAAACUCAUUCUCAUGUGUGAAGAAGCUGCUGACAGAGAUUGGUUUUAACGUUAGUUUUUAUUUUUUUUUUAAUAAAUUAUUAUAAAUAAAUAAUUUAAUUAAGGUAU